AUGGCUUUCCCGUCCACCCCCUCGCUGCCCGCCCUCCUUGCCCACCAGCACAUCGACGGAGUCGCCCUGCUCGCCCUCAACUACUCACGCAUCCGCGCCCUGCUGCCGCUCACUAUGCGCUCCGCCUUUGCCCUCGCCGUCUCGGACCUAGCUGCCUCGGACACCACCUCGGCCGAUCUGCCCGAUGCCUGGCCUGACCCGGACGCAGAGCCAUCUCCCACCCCGCCUCCUGCCCCGCCUCCUGCCCCAUCGCCGUCUCCUUCUCCGGCCGCUGCUCCUCAGCUGACCCAGGAAUCCUCCUCCCCAGUAGCGAUCAAGUCGGAUCCCGCUGCACCGCAGAAGCAGCCGCGGAAGCAGCCGCGGAAGCAGCCGCUGCGCCCGCUGAGGCGCAAGGCGCGAGACGACAAGAGUUGCACGCCGCAGGGGCAGCCGCGCCCCGCUGAUGCUCAGAGGAUGAUGGGCGCGAUGGAGCUCAAGUCAUCGGCGCGCCCAAAGGCCGGCUUUGUUCCGCUCUGGUUCGUCCUCUCGCAGUGUGUGCUUGAGGUCUACGACUCGCCCAAGAACAAAACGCCGCAGCACUAUCUGAUGGUGGCCGACGCCAGCAUCAAGGCCACCAAGCGCGGCUUCCGCCUCAUCUCGCCGUCAGGUGGAAAGCACCUGUUCCGCACUGACGCUCGCGACGCCUGGAUGGCUGCUAUCGCCGCCCAGCAGCGACACUUUGCAACAACCAAGGCUGCCGUCACCUCGACCGUCGUCCUCGGCAAGCAGUCAGCUCCCGACCCAUCGUCUGCCUUAUGA